AUGCUACAAAAACAUCGAGCUUCGUUUGCACUCGCAGCACCAGACGUGAAGCGGGAGACACCGAUGACCCUGUCCGAUCUGGGCGUUGUGGCGCAUUCGAGACGCGGUUCCAUGAUGGUGCCCGAUCGACGGGGUUCGGUUAGCUCGCGAAGAAACAGCUUUCAAACGACUCUCAAAGGCGCGGUGGAUGAAG